CCGAUUAGCUGGGCUUUUCAAGCACUGUCCGCAAAGCAGUCGCGUUUCCAAAAGAUUCGUCAGUAAAGUUCUGCCCCCGAGGUUCCACCGGUGCCGACGGAAAUGAUUUCGGACCGUACGUGAGUUAAGAUUGUUUGUGUCGUCCAGUUGAAAUCUAGUCUCCCACCGAAGGGUUGAGCGUGUGAGUGCAGUACCGUGCAUCUAGUGCGAUGGAAGUGCAAAAUAGCAGCAACAACAGCAAAAAACGCCACCCGCCACCGGUGGAUGAUGACCUGGAUGCGGCCGGGCCCAAGCGGCUCGAGAAAUCCCUAGCCAUGAUGACCGUGAACGUGGUAGAUCUGCUGAAGAAAGCACCAAAGGGCAUUCUAAAUCUGGGCGAGGCUACUAAAAUAUUGGAAGUCCGCCAGAAGCGACGAAUUUACGACGUGACAAACGUACUGGAAGGCAUCGGAUUGAUUGAGAAACACGGCAAGAAUAGCGUCAAGUGGCGCGGAGAUACUCUUACUCCGGAUCCUCGUGAUGUCAAUCGUCAAAUGCGUGUUCUGAAGCACGAGCGUAGCUCCCUCUUGGCCUACGAAGCCUCCAUUGACAAACAAUUGAAGAUAGUCCGUCAGUGUAUGAACAAUUCUCACGUCGAUGAAACUACCACUUCCUUUGCCUACGUUACGAGUGAAGAUAUAACGGAUGUAUUUGGCGAGCAAACGACCAAUCUGCUAGUGAAGAAGCCAAGCGAAUCCACGUCGAUAGACAACAGUACCAAAACAUUACGCAUUUCAUCGGGAAAAGGGCUUCCGCUGGAUGUGAGAUUGCUCCGCGAACCGAAUGGGGCAUGUUUCAGUAGGCCAAUGAGGAGAGUCAAUGUGCGGAGAAAACAGAACAAACAUCAGUUCAAGCGGCUCGAAGCCCGCAGGCGGGAUGAAAAAAGUGCAAUCCAAUUAUGGCAAGAGUUGAACUCCGAUUUAAACCGAAUAACCGAUGGCGAGCAACGGGAGCAGGAACGGGAUGCCAAAGUGCUCCUCGGAAGGGAUCUCACUCGACUUAGUCGAUUUCACUCUCAAAGCUUGCAUCAGCAGGACGACGUCGAUCCCAAUUCACCUUUCAUCUCACUUGAACCGCCGGAGGGUUGCGGUUACACAUUCUCCUUAGCUGCCAACGAAGGAGUGUAUGAUCUGUUCGAUCUUUCUUGUCCGUCCUCAAGCGGUGUCCAGCGAAGUCAACCAAUGGAGACAGCGGAAAACCAAAAACUCAUUCAACAUGAUGCAAAUCCACUAGGUGUAAAUUAAAUUUUGUUUAGUCGUAAUUGUUGUAACUAUUGUGUGAGUCAUUACUUUCUUCCAUCAUGAGCGCAAAAUUCCAUGUUUAGGGUAAGUUAAUUUAUGUAAUUAAUCCUAGUAGAUUUUUUUUUGUAUCGACCUUGAUUGGCACAUCACAAAAUAUUUUAUUUCUCAUUUUAUAGAAUAUUUAGAACACACCUUUAAAAUAAAGUCGCAUAAUAAACUGUAAAAUUAUUAUU